UCGCACCUCUGGCUUCAGAUGAGCACUGAGCCUCCUGCAGGCACACGGACAGCCAGAGGAAUACCACAGCUGUGCCUCUGCGUCGGACUCUACAGCGCUGCAGACGCGCGUCCCCACUGUCUACGCUGAGCCUGUGCAGCAGCGGCUGCAUUCACUCUGCUACCGUCCUGCUUGUUGUGUUUCGUCGCUCCCAGAAAGAGAAACCCGUCUGUACCCCACUCAUACAGGCGGACCUGUUCACAUUUUCACUGUGGAUUUUAAAUCGUUACAGGAGACCSUGGAUUGGAACUAUUUAUUGCGCGUAUUGGAUACAUUUUAGCGGAGUUACUGUUAGGUUAUUGUUUUUCAUGGUUGGAGACAGUAUGCUAUAUUGAUAUCCAAUCUGCGUGAUAUUGGUUCAUGAUUGAGAAGCACGCGGAGGGGCGUGGAAUUCAUUGACAUCGAUUUGGUCUCCUUGUGUAAAACAACCGAGAUUUUCUCCCCACUCCUCCCUUCCCUCACCUUCAGCAUGACUUCUCUGUCUGGGACCAAAGAGAGGUCUGUGACCAGCAGGAGCAGAAAAUACGGGAUUACCGACACCUCUCCGACAACAUCAGCCUCCUUCUCCCCGGAGACAUGGUACAGAAAGGCCUACGAGGAGUCCCGGACCGGCAGCAGACCUGCYCCAGAGGGAGUCGGCUCCAUGCCUAGCUCCACAGGCACCCCCUCCCCAGGAUCUGGCACCUCUUCCCCGGGCUCUUUCUCUGGUUCCCCCGGGACCAUAUCCCCAGGGAUCGGGACCUGUUCUCCCGGGUCUCUGGGUGGAUCGCCAGGUUUCGGUACAGGUUCGCCGGGCUCUGGCAGCGGGAGCUCCCCUGGUUCUGAGAGAGAGAGGGGGAUAUGGUGUGAGAACUGCAAUGCCCGGCUGGCAGAGCUGAAGAGGCAGGCGCUGAAGCUGCUGAUUCCCGGCCCCUACUCCAGCAAGGAGGCAUGA